AUGGCUGCAAUUCUUUCAAACACCAAACUCAAUUGCCAUGUACGUUCGAUCAGCUUACCUUCUUUAUCAGGCCAAGAACCCGAAUUCAUUAACUUGAACAGAAUUCAAGAUUCCAAAGAAGCCUCCACAUCGGCACCCUUGAUGCGUGGCAGGCUAAGUCAGCUUAAUGAUAUGUAUGGAUCGAUAGAGCCAUGGCUUGCUCUGCCAGCAACUAAAAGUACUUCUUGCGUCCAAAGAUGUAACAAAGAACAACUGAACAAGUCAUUAGAUGAAAUUGUUGGCCUUUUAGACCUCUGUACCACUACCAAAGAUGUCUUGUCUAUGUCUAUGGACGCGUCCAAAGAACUCCAGUCAGUUCUUCGACGUAAAAGGGGUGAUCAUCAAAACCUUAUUUCCUUAUUCAAGGAAUAUUUAUCCCAAAGGAAAAAUGUGAAAAAGAUUGUUUGUAAAGCUUUGUCAGGUUUGGAAAAGCAAACCUCUUCUUCAAACAAAGAAGACAAUAAAAUAACAUCAGACUUCAAUAUAUUGAAGGAAAUGAGAUUUGAAACAUUGACAAUGUUUGAAUCCUUGUUGACCUUCUUUCUUGGAUCAGAGACGGAACUAAAGCAAAAAGGGUGGAUUUUCUUUUCAAAGAUGGUCGGCUACAAGCGUGUGCAGUGUGACCAAAAACAUGAAGAAAGUGAAGUCAAGAAGGUGGAUGACGUACUGCGCACCAUCAUUAGCUUCAAGAACCUGAAAUCAGGCAGCCUGGAAGUCGACACAAUACAAACCGGAUUAGCCAAUUUAGAAUUGCAACUUUUGGAUCUUGAUCAACAAGUAGAUCGCCUUAGCAGAAAUUUGAUCAGAAAUAGGGUUUCAAUUCUUAACUUCCUUAACUUCUAG